CUCGGCCGCAAUGCAGCCCUGGCGUUUGACAGGCCGACGUGGAGCUGUCAUCGGCAAUCGUACACGAAUAACGGGGUCGACGCGGCACUAGACGAUUGCAGCUCAUUUCUGUACAACUUUUGGAGUAAAACGGAGAAUCCGAAACAUCAGACACGACAUGGACAAAGUUGUUAAGUUCGCCGAGCCUGGACGCGUCUUCGCCAAGGACUCGAUCCGCCUGGUCAAGCGAUGCACCAAACCCGACCGCAAGGAGUUCCAGAAGAUCGCCAUCGCCACUGCCGUGGGCUUCUGCAUCAUGGGCUUCAUCGGCUUCUUCGUCAAGCUGAUACACAUCCCCAUCAACAACAUCAUCGUGGGCUCCUAAAUGCGGCCAGUGGCAGAGAAACCAGCAAUCAUCCAUUAUAGAAUAAAUCAGAUCAACUUUUUUUUCGUUUAGUUAACAUGCAUUAUAUGUAUAGACUAGUGAAACUAUGUGCAUUCAGCGAAUGUCUUAACAAAAAUUUCAAAUGUACACAUAUGUGAAAACGUAUUGUAAACUUUUAAAAUUCCAUUCACAACUACCUGUCGAACUGCAUGAACAAGUUAGUUAAUAAGAAUAAAAUGUAAAAAGGUAAUGACCCCCUUCGAGGCAUUUGUUUAGGAUGCGGCCCCACUAAUAAAUAUUAACCUGAUUUUCCCUGUACAAA